UCUUCGCCAUGCUGUGGCAAGUGGACAAGUUGAGCUGGUAAGAAAGCUGUUGGCAAAAGGAGCAAAAGAAAACAGAAAUCAUCAGCACUUAUCACUUCUUAUUUACGCCAGUAACAAUUGCAAAAUUGAAAUGGUGGAAUAUUUCAUCAAAAGACCAGAGUGUACAAAGGAAGAGAGAAUUGAUGCUCUAGAACUUCUUGGUGCCUCUAUUGCUAAUGAUCCUAAUGCUUAUGAUAUUAAGAAAGCAUUUAUUUACAUGAAGCGUGGAAUGGAGGAGAGAAUUGAGGACCCGUCACGUCCAUUGCUUAAAAAGAAAAUGGAACCCGUGGAAGCUUAUCAAAAUAGAAGAGAGAGUCAAAGUCUUGAGGAACUUUCUCUACUAAAAGGUGAUGAUCAUGGUAUCCACAUGGAGGGACUUUUGGUGAGAGAGAGAAUCCUUGCAACUGACAGUACACAGCUCCGAAACCAAAUCAAAUACCGCGGAUUUAUUUUAGCAGAGUCUGAGCAGUACGAGCUUUGUAUUGCACUGUGGAAACGAGCGAUGGAGGUAGGCAUAAACAACUUCAACAGCGUUGUUUCAGUAACCGGAGAUCUUAAAGCUUUCGUAAGCUUAUUCGGAGAAAUGUGGCAAAAUGGUAAACUUUUAAGACCAAAGUUUAUAGAAGAUGUGUUUGAAAAACUAGUCGAUGCGAGUGAGAAACUAGCAGAGACUGAAUUUAAACCUGGAAAAUCGCAAGAAAAGAUGUGUUAUUAUGCUCUCUAUCUUUUGGUCAUAUACGGUAAACUUAAAGUUCAAAAUGCCAACAUAAUGAGCUUUGUCCGUAGAUUUCUGCGUUUAGACCAUCGCACCUGUGAUGGAAAUACACUUCUGCACCUGGCUGUGUGGCAUAAAACUCCAGUUCAUAAGGACGAUGAUGUGUGCAAGCUUCCCUGCAUUGAAACCACGGAGCGAAUUUUAUGUGCAGGGUGUGAUGUGAAUGCAAUAAACGCCGCAGGAAACACUCCCCUCCAUCUAGCUGCGACUUUUAAACCAGGGCCUGAACAAGGCGAAACUUUGAAAGGAAUGCUGGAGCUUUUGCUAGAUUUCGGUGCGGAUACUGACCUUGUAAACAACAUUGGUAAAACAGCAAUGGUUUGCUGUGAGACUGAAGAGGCUCACGGGUUAUUGAGAAGAGGACCGGGUGCAAAGAAAGUGGACGCCACAGAUGAUGAAAUUAGCGGAAGUGAACCUGGCAAAGGAAGAAGAGGUGNACAAUCUCUCAGCGGCAGACAUUAUCAGCCGACAUACCAGCCGCCCGAAAGGGUUUAUUUACUGAAUAAAUGUUCCCUAUUUUCAAUUAGAGCAUAUUUAGUAACAUGA